AUGUCCACUCUCAUCAAGUCCGCCAAGUCGAUUGUUCCUCUGCUAGACCGUGUUCUGGUCCAAAGAGUUAAGGCCGAGGCCAAGACCGCCUCUGGUCUCUACUUGCCUGAGAAAAAUGUGCAGAAACUGAACCAGGCUACAGUGUUGGCCGUCGGACCCGGGUUCACGGACUCUAACGGAAACAAGGUCACCCCUCAGGUCCAGCCUGGUGACAACGUACUCAUUCCUCAAUUCGGUGGUUCCAGCAUCAAGCUCAAGGACGACGAAGAGGUCAUUCUAUUCAGAGACAGCGAAAUCCUAGCUAAGCUCAACGAGUAA